UCAAGCUCAGGGUUCAGUUGAUCACUCUCCGUUUGACAGACAGAUCUGCGAUAACUGUAGUCAUAUAACUUUUUUUUAUUAAGUAAGAGUUUUAUUAAGUCAUUUUUUAUCGUCAGCGAGAGAGAGCAGUAACAAAUCUCGUCAGUUUUGUGUAAUAUACGCAAGUUAAAGGUUUGCACAGGGACAUAUUUGUUAAUAGUCUAGCCUACUAAUGGCUGAAGCCCACUAUAAUGAUGGAGAUGAAGAUUUUCCAAAUGUUGCCACUACAAGGAGAAGAAAUUCAGCAGACCGCUCGGAAAGGAAUAAACCAGAACACUUACAUUUAAGUCAAGGCCCCCUUUCUUCAAUCAAAGCAGCCUUUAAACGAACUUCUGCAAGAGCCCACUCACAACCGGACUGCCCCAGGGAAAGGAGGCGUCCAGAGAUAACCAUUUUAUCGGCAGAGCCGUUAACAGGCACUUCUUGGCAUUCAGCGUCGUCUGGCCGAUUUUCAUCCACAGCUUUCACAACACAACCAAUCUGGAGUGAGAGCGUUCUGACCUCUGCUCAGCUCCCACCAUCCUAUGAGCAGGUGAUCAAGGAGAAGACCCAGGAGAAGGUUACCACACCUUUACCAUCUCCACGACGCUCACACACAACAACUAUUGCCACACAGACUGACUCACUAGAAGAGAAUGUCACACAACCAGAUUCUUGCACAUCCCAGCAGCUGAACCAAAAUCACAGUGGAGAUUCAGCGAAGCAGCCAAAAAAACCACCUCGGCCAUCAUUGCCUUGCACACCCAAACCCAUUCCGCGAAAAACUCAAACCGGAUCCCCAACAUCCACUCCCAGCUCCCAACCCAUAGUCGAUCUAGCCUUAACUACACGUCCGGUGCCUCAGCCACGCUCCAAAACAAAACCUCUGAGCCCAUCCAACCAGGUCAAUGUGCAACCUUUGAUACCACUGCAAGACAGCCGGGAAGAUUGUCCUGUAAAACCUGUAGAGACUUCUGAUGCCCAUUCAGGCAAGUAUCUGCAGGAACUCCUAGAUGUCUUCAGCUCUGAACCUCUGAGUAACAGUGUCAACAUCCAAGAAGAGCAGACGAUCCAAACUAAAGAAAACCAAGGUGACAACAUGACCUCCCUUCACAGCGACCGCAACAUCCGUUCAAGAAUACAGGCCUUUGAAAGUCAAACUAACACAGAGGAUGACGAAACUUCUGUACCUUUCCCCCGUCCUCGUAAAGUUCAUGCCAAGCCACCUGUGCUUGCACCAAAACCCUCCAUUGCCCCCCGGCCCUCUGUAAAAAUGCCCAAAGAAGAGCAGCUUUCACAAUUUGAGGGUCACUUAUACGAAAUGGUCAACACACCACCUAUGCCAGCACCAAGACCUCAACUUUUCAAAAAACCAUCUCUAGACUCAAAAGAUGACUCCGACUCUCAGCCUCCUCCAUUCAGGGCGUCCCUCAUUCCUCCAUCACGACCUUCACUGGUCAAGCUUAAGAAUGUAAGUUCCCAGGAUGAGGAAGGAUUAUUAAAAGGACCUCCCACACCACUCAAGCCCAGCAAAGACCUGCUGAACCUCAACAAUCAUAACUCCACUGCCCUUGUGUCUAACAUCGCAUCCACAGUGAACAUGCUUAGCGAUGACUAUGUGGAUGCUACUAAUCACUCUCCCACUAAACCUGCCCGUCAAGGUGGAUUCACCUACAUGGGGUUAAACUCACAGGGGAUAACCAAGAGACCCACAGUCAUCAGGGUCCCCAGUAAAACUGACAAAAACACUGAAGAGACUGCAGAAGUUCCUCCACCUUUACCUGUGCAGAAACCUGUGGGUGGCCCACCUAAACCCUCUCGCAAAGACUCCUUCAGUCACUCAUUUGAUUUGUCUCUUCCACCACGGCCCAGUGCAGGAAAGGUUCUGCCUCCACGACCACCACCAGCGAAAACAGGCCCAGGAAGACCUCCACCUCCACGGAAAGAUGGCUCCCAACGUCGGCCCUCAGAUCCAGGAGUAUCACAAAUAGUGCCAUCAAAACAACAGCAACCUCAAUGGCAGCAACAAAACCGCAGAGCUUCGAAAAAAGGACCCGCCUUACCGCCGAGACCCAACCCUGGACAUCGUCUUUACAACAAAUACACGCUUGAGGUUCCCCACGGGAUUGCUGAGUACAACUACAAUGGCACUAACACCGGGGAGCUUUCUUUUCAGAAAAAUGAAGUCCUCGUCUUACUUGAGGAAUUAGAUAGCAAAACCUUUGAAUGCCAAGUGGGAAACACUAAGGGCACUGUGCAGAAAACACAUAUGAAGAUUAUUACACCCUUAGCAAAUACACGGAGCAAUCCAGUAACUCAGAAAAACAGUUCCUUUAGUGGUGUGGUGGAAAAUACUGGAUCUUUACAAGUACAAGCCCUGUAUGACUUCACUCCAGAGGGACCUGGAGAGCUGAUGUUGAGGGCUGGUGAUGUGGUGUCUAAUGUAGAACAACUGGAUGGUGACUGGUACAUGGGAACAUGUAGAAACAUCACUGGAUUCUUCCCCAUUAACUAUGUCAAGACACUGAACAAGCCUGUAUCUGUGCCAGCACCCAGCAAUGAAUGGAAAACCAAACCAUGUCCUGAGCCUGUCAGAGGCCCAAGGUGUGUUGCGAGGUUUGACUUCGAGGGAGAGCAGAGCGAUGAACUCUCAUUUUCUGAAGGUGAUGUGAUUCAGCUUAAAGAAUAUGUAGGAGAGGAAUGGGCUCGUGGGGAAGUGAACGGCCAUGAUGGUAUUUUCCCUCUCAACUUUGUGGAGGUGGUUGAGGAUCUUCCACCAGCCCCAGUACAGAAAUCUGUUCCGAAUAAGAUUGCACUACCUGGAAUGGCCAGUUCAUCUAACACACAAAUGUCUUACAAAGCCACUGAGGCUGAUUUUAAUGGUGAAGAGUGGGCUGUGGCACUGUAUGACUUCACAGCAGAGACAGAGGAGGAUCUGCCCUUCCAACAGGGAGAAAGGAUCCUGGUCACUGCUCACAUAGACGAUGAAUGGUGGAGCGGACGAGUCAAUGGCAGAGAAGGUUUCUUCCCCAAAGCUUUUGUACAGAUUGUUACAGGUGGGAGGAAGUGGUAAUAGAAUAAAUAAGCAGAGGCAACCUCAGAAGCAGUGUUUUUCUUCUUCUUCUUCUUCUACUUUUUAAUUUGUUUCCAGUUUAUUUUUAAUUGUGUGUUUGUCUAAUAUAUUUAUAAAUGUGAAGUCAUUGUUAAUUUUCCAAAUCCAUUAUAUCCUGAAAAAUAUAUUCAUGAACAGCUAUGGAGUUACGUAUUUUUUGUCUUAUAUGCACAAAUACUGUAUUACUUUGAUAGAAUUUAAGUAUUUAUUUUUACAGGUGUUUUACCUGAAUUUUGCACUUUAUUGCAGUGUUUUAGGGUGAAUGUAAAUGCCCGUCAAAUUAAUGAAUAGUGUCCAAGUAGUAGCUUACUGAGCUUCUAUGUAUACAGUAUUAAUGGUUGUAUAUACAUAGAGCAAAUAUCAUUUUAUAGACUGAAGCAGAGGCAGAUGUCUAGUGCCAUCUUAUGUUCACACCGAAUGGCACAUUUGCUUGGCUAAUAUAGCAUAGAGUGGUUCUCAACCAGGGGGACGCUAUCAAGGAUGAAUGAAAAGUGUUUAAAUUAAUAAAUAAAUACAUAAA